CCCAUCACCCACCACAUCACCCAUCAAAUCAACCAAAAGCCUAUUCACCCUCCAAUUCCAUCUAAUAGAUAGUCCAUCGACCAACAGCUCAAAUUCCAACACCACCAUACCCAAGCUUACCUUGCUUUGCUUUGCUUUGCUUUGCUUUACCUUACCUUACCUUACCUUACCUUACCUUACCUGACUUUACCUUUCACUCGAUACCCCCAAUACUCUAUUUCUAUACUUUCAAUCAAUACUUCGUUGUUCACGUCUUAUCUGCCAAAGAUCCAUUUUAUUAUCACGGAUAAAAAUUAACUCCACCCACUUAAUAUUUAUUAGUCCUCAAUAAUCAUACAGUGUUACAAUCUGCCUCAUAGGACUAAACUUUUAUCUCCUGUUCCUGCAGAUUCAUGUCAGCCGUACACCUUGGACGAGAAAUCCUUCCGACCAGGUCAAAGAACCUCCAUCUACUCAGCCCCCAAGGUCGCUAGGAAGCUAGCGACAAGUCAAUAGGUUGGCUGACACCGGCGACUGGAUAUCCAUCCAUCGAUACAGUACGAUACGAUCAUUCCUCCUUCGUCCUUUACUUUCCCCGUUUUUACUUCUUCGAGAAGAUUUAAAAAUACCACCCUUCGUAGACCUUAUGAGUUCUAUGAACGCCCGCUUAAAAAGCCUUGGGUUCGGUUCCAAACGUAAAUCGAGUGCAAACAAUAUCUCAACAGCCAUCCCGCCAAACCCCACUUCUACUACAUCCUCACCACAACUUGCGCAAUUACCCGGACAACCUACUCCUCCUCCACAGACAGCUUCUUCCUCUACAGCAAGUUUACCUAUGAAUCAUCCUGGAGGUCCUGGCGUAAGACCGCCGAGCUACUCUAAUCAAUAUACACCCGUUGGGCGUACAACGUCUCCGAUGGCUCAAGGUACACCACGAACCCCUCCGGCACAGAUGAUGGGCGGUCCGCCACCAAUUAAUACAGCAGCUACCGGCGGCUACCCUCCACAACAAGGAGUUAUGGGAGGACCUCCUCCAGCUGGGCCACCACAGUACAAUCAUCCUCCUCAAUAUGGUGCCGGAGGGGCACCGAUGCAAGGCGGUGCGGGUCCGCAGUAUGGAGGCAGGACUAAUCCGGUGGAAGUUGAAGGCGCUGGCAAAAGCAAGGCACAACUCAUCGUGGGAAUAGAUUUUGUAAGUAUAGCACACAAUAUCUCCGGCUUCACAGAACUAAUUCAUGAUUUGCAGGGCACUACUUUCUCUGGUGUAGCCUUUGCUUUUGCGACCAACACCGAGGCGAAAGAGGAUAUCAUUACCGAAUGGCCUGGAGCGGGAUCAUACACUAAACAAAAGGUGAGAUAUGACAUCGGCUGUUUACAAUAACAUAUGCUAACAUCUUCAGAUUCCCACCGUCCUCUAUUACGAUCAAUACCAAAAAGUUGUUGGAUGGGGUCCUGAUAUCGCAGAUGCAUUGGCACCGACUGGGUAUCCAAAGCCAGGUGUUCAAAAGGUAGAAUGGUUUAAACUUCAAUUGAUGCUUUCCGGUAACACAUAUAUCGAUCCUAUCAACCUUCCGCCCCUUCCACCAGGAAAGUCAGAGAUCGAUGUUGCAGCGGAUUACCUAUUCAAACUCAGACAAGCUAUGCGAAACCAAUUACAAAAGACUUUGGGAGAGGUUUUCAAUCGAGAAGAAAGAAAUAUCCGAUACUACCUGACAGUUCCUGCUAUUUGGAAUGAUGCUGGCAAGGCUGCGACCAGAGCUGCUGCCAUCCAGGCUGGAUUCUUGAGGGAUGAGAACGACAAUCGAUUGACUUUGAUUACGGAACCCGAAGCUGCUGCGCUUUUUUGCUCAAAGGCCGGUCUAUUGAACCUCAAGAUUCAUGAUGCUGUACUCAUCGUCGAUUGCGGUGGUGGAACUGUCGAUUUAAUUGCAUAUGAGGUCGAAGAAGAGUCCCCAUUCACAGUAUCCGAGUGUACAGCAGGUUCUGGCGAUUCUUGUGGGUCUACUGCAUUGAAUCGAAAUUUCAGUAAUAUUUUACGAACCAAGAUCCGAAAGAUGAAAUUACCAGAGGGCUCAAAGACAGCCGGGAGAGUAUACGCAAAAUGUAUUAUGGACUUCGAGAACAGAAUCAAGGCGGAUUUCAGAAAUAACAAUCAGAAAUGGGCCGUCGAUGUCGGCAUUGAGGCAGAGUUCCCCGAAGCAGGAAUUGAAGAAGGAUAUAUGACAUUCACCAAUGAAGAAAUUCUGCAAUGUUUCGAGCCAGUUGUCAACCGAAUUUUGGAACUGGUUCGGAACCAGAUCAUUGCCAUUCAAGCACAAAACCGAACACUUCAGAACGUCUUGGUUGUUGGAGGUUUUGGUGCAUCGGAAUAUCUUUUCCAACAAAUCAAACUUCACGUACCACCUCAAUUCCAGGCCAAGGUUGUUCGUCCUAUGGAUUCCGUGGCUGCUAUUGUUAAGGGUGCUGUUACUGCCGGUAUCACUGAAAGAGUCGUUACAUCCCGUGUAGCUCGUCGUCAUUACCUCAUGGCAACUCUUCAACCUUUCAAGGAGGGACACCAUCCAGAAGCCUACCGUGUUCCAUCUUUGGAUGGUAAGGAUCGAUGCAAGUUUACUCGUCAAAUUUUUGUACAGAAAGGACAAAGAGUUAAGAUCGGUGAGCCAGUCAAAGUAUCAUUCUUCAGACAAGUGGCACCAGGAGCCACUUUGAUGUAUGAGGAUAUUUUGUACGCUUGCGAUGAUGAUGUCUGCCCCGAGUAUACCAAGGAUCCACGUAAGUUAAUUUGACCUCAGGUAUAUUAUGGUUUACACUAACAUUUUUAUAGGUGUCAAAGAAGUUGUUACUCUCACAUCUGAUCUUUCUCGCAAGAAUCUUGAAAAGGAUUUUGAAAGAAUGGAUACCCCUCAAGGCACCUUCUACCGAGUGUACUUUGACAUCUACCUCACACUUGAUGGAUCCGAAUUCAAUGCUGAACUCGUUUGCCAGGGAGAAGUCAUGGGUCGUUGCACUUCCAGAUUCAGAUAAUCGUUCUUCAGCAAGCAUAAAAAUCAAUACACAUUGGAUUUGACGAAUUUUUACAUUUAGUACUUUAGCGUUCUGCAGAUAUCAGAGUACUUACAGAGUGGCAUUACAAUUUGAGAUGCACGGCGCUGGAGUGAAGAGAAGCUUUUUCAGAUUUGACGGUAGGAAGCUUUUCUGCAAUGAAUUUCAUGACGGACGAGGAGAUGAUUGAGCAAGGAAGAAUUGGGUUGAUAGAUUGAUGGAAAGUGAUCAGAUUCAAAACCGGUGAGGUGAUUUGCAUGAUGAAUGGAAGAAAAAUGGGAUCGUUUGGAUCAAAUCAGGUACUUUUUUUUUUCGGUAUAUUGAUGAUGGGAUGAAUAAUCUUUUUAUAUCCUAAUGAUAGGAAUGAAUGAAUGGAUCCAUAGUUUAGAGAGUUGAUACCUAUUUGCUCAUUUUUGGGUUUGUAGUUGGUGAAAAUAAAAUGU